AAGAGGAGUGUUUUGGGUAGAGUCAAAAGAGAAGGGGAAAGGGGGGGAGAGAAUCCCCAGAGUUGCCGGACAGCCAAGCAAGAAGGGAGGCAGCGGUAUUUCACUUUGGGAUGGCAGUCUUUUUACAUGGACAUGGCACAUGCAGCUGUACCCAUCCGACGACAAAGACUCUCGGGGUUGUUGGAUGGCUGUUCCUCGUUACUGAACUCUUCUGAUCGACGGUGAUAUUGACAAGAGAGGCUGAAUCGAGCACAUUUCCGCAAGAGUCUACCUGGAUAGUGCGUCACCGGAAACCAAUCAAUUCAACAAGAUAUGAAACGCGCAUCUUCAUCGUCUUUGAACGCUGUAUUUGGAUUUGUGGAAGCCCUUGGAUACUUCCGACCAGGCUUAACCGCCGGGCUGAGAGGCCCGCGCUUGUUGGUGGACGAGGGGCCGAGAGGGGGAAACAGUCACAUCCCGAAGCUUUUCUUGCCGCUUGGGGGCCGCGUGUCAGCUCAAGCGGGAACAAAGGAAUGUUGGAGAAGGCCUAUGUCUGCCUACCAACAUGUCCCUAACCACACAGAUGCAUCCUGGCGCAGAAGAAAAUCGAAAUUUGAUUGAAAAAAAAAAAAAGAAUUGAGCCUCAUUGAGCGUUGUGACGAUGACGCUGUGCCGCACAGUAGCUCGUCUCAUCGUUGCAAGGACAGAACUUCCACGAGAGAGAUAACACAGGUCUUGCCUAAAGAUACCAAAAAAAGGGAUACUCAUAGGUUUGAAAAAAAUUGUCCUUUUGACUUUUUGUGUAAAUACGGUGUAACAGCAUCAAUGCAAUGGCAUUCAGU